GUUCUUCGUCAUGAGAGGGUCAACCGUUACCAUUCAGUGUUUUAAAUUUCCGUUCACUCGAGUGACAGUAUCUCCGUACGUGACGUUGCUACUCCCAUAUGCAUGUGGGAACCUUGGGCAACUUUGUUUUGCCAUGGCUUUUGUCAAAGGAAGGAAGUGACCUCCAGGCUCCAAGGUGACUACCUCCGAAGUUUACCCAUCGGAAAGCUUCGCCGAACUGCAGGCUUGGGGGAUACCUAGGCUUUUCCAUGUGCGUUCUGUGACCUGUCAUUUCUUUGGACAUAUGGAUAGUCCUGAAAUUUGUAAUCACGGAUCGCUCAUGCUCUCUUCUCAUCUGUAUAAAAUACCGUCACGGUGAGGUGUGGUUAAGAUAGUAUUCUGUUUCUUCCUGCGUGAUGUGGUUAUUUGCUACAGUUCUGCCUUGUGUCGCACUGGUAUCUGCGAGACAUGCUCUUUUGGCUCGCAGUCUGUCUAAAUUGACGCUGUCCGGUCCGGCAUCGCUCCCAACGGAUGCAACACUACCCUUAAACCCCGCCCUCGCAAGCUUCAGUAUUGAAACUGCCUACUUCGAAGGUUUGAUAGGAAACCAAUCCUAUCCGAACAAAUUUUCUCAAAAUCUCUUUGAGAAUCUAAAAGAGAGGACUGGGGUUCCAGCCGAAGUGCGCAUUGGUGGCAUUACUGCUGACUCGACAUUCUGGGAUCCGAAGCAGGAGGCUGCCCUAUACAAUUUCAUCGACGACAGGGGUGCACUAAGAAACACUACGCUUGGACCCCAGUUCUGGAACUGUGUGAAGCUGUUGCCUGAAGGGACAAAGAUCGUCAUGACACUCAAUCUAGGGAGUUUGAAAUAUACCGGAACUCUUGAUAUGGCUGAGGCAGCAUGGAUGGGUCUUGGUCCACAAAAAAUUUCUCGCUUCGAACUAGGGAAUGAACCAGAUCAUUAUAACCCCAAACUUGACCCUCAGACGUAUACCGCUAGAUGGAAGCCAUGGACUAUCAAUAUCUCGAAGGCGUUGGGCAUCGAUUAUCCCGAGUUUCAAAUUGGGGCUACUGUUGCAAACCCUUCGCAGCCGCAUAACACCCCACAAGCAGAUGCACAACUUGACUGUGUUAGCGCUUUAGCUGCCGGGGCCAACAACGGACACACUGUCACCACGUGUAGCGAACACACAUACCAGUACAGCGUUUGCGAUUCAGGUAGCGCUGCCGGCGCUACGUUGGUCAACCUGGUAAAUCACACACGCUUGGCUGAAUAUUUGGAUCUUUGGCAGCCCCGUAUCCACAGCGUUCGUGCCCAACUCGGACCUGAUGCUUUUGUUAUUGGUGAAUUCAAUUCUGUUUCCUGCGGUGGACGAGCCAAUGUUAGCAACACAUUCGGUCAGGCUAUGUGGUUGUUAGACACGGUUCUCUACGCGGCUUCCAUCAAUGUCUCACGUUUGUAUGUGCAUCAAGGUGCUCAUGCACACUACAACCUCUGGUCCACUGUCGAUAACCCGAAUGGCGCCAUUCAAGUGUUUCCGUCAUAUUCGGCUUACCUCUUCGUGACUGAGGCCAUUGGUCACUCAAAUUCAGUGCGCCUUUCAAAUAUCUUCCCAGGGCGACAGGCCGAUGGAUCGUCAGUUACGACCGCAGGUGGUGAUCCUUCUGCUGGUCAGAUCUCGGUGUACGGUUUCUGGGAUGAAAAAUCCGCUAACAGCUACGAUUACCCAACUAAGCUCGCGCUCUUAAACCUUGAGCUAUACAGCCAGACGGAUUCGUACCCUCGUCCUGAUACCACGAUCGACAUAUCUGCGUAUUUGCCGAAGAACACCCAAGAAGUAAUGGUCAAGUGGUUGACAGCCCCAGGAUCUGAUGUCCUGUCAGCCAGUUUAACGUCUUGGGCAGGGCAAACUUUUGCUUCUGGUGUCGCAGAAGGCAACAUUGUGGAGGAAAAAGUGUUAAAUGGACAAGUGGUCGUCAAGGCUUCCUCCGCUGCUUUGGUAUACUGGAGUGUAGCAUGAAAAAUGUUCUUCCUAGGUAUUGCUAUAGAAGUGAGUCGGCUAGUAUAUUAUUAUCUCUUGCCAGUCCCAAGCAUAAACACUACGAGGCAAAAGAUCAUUG